GCCAGCCGGUGUGACUUGCGAGCACUUUCUGUUCAAGUCCACACUUGCGACGUUGAAAAGUGGGGCUUUCGCAAGUGACAACCAACCCCUCCUCUAUCCACAGUAAUUUGGGUGAGGCUCCCGUUCCACUGCUACAGACCGACCGUGAGGCCGCUUCUACUCUGUCCUUCCCUACCGAAAAUGUCGUCCGUCAUGCGUCCGGCUUGGAGGAGUUUGUCCCGUGGCUGUACCCGGUUGGCAGUGUCUCAGCGCUUUGCCACUCAACUCAACCAGCAGAGGGUAGCAGAGUUGGCAACAUCUGCCACAACGCCUCCCAAAGGCAAAGUGCUCUUUCCAGGAGCGACGGGUUCGCACUACACCGAGAAGCUGAACUUCCAACGAAAUGUGGAUUCUAUCCCGACCUACCGUGUGCUCGACCUGGACGGCAAUGUGAUUGACAAGUCUCAAGAUCCCGAGCUUUCGAAAGAAGUGGCUUUGAAGAUGUACACGUCCAUGCUGACGCUGAACGCAAUGGACUUGAUUCUAUACGAAGCUCAACGUCAGGGACGUAUUUCGUUCUACAUGACAAGUUAUGGAGAGGAGGCGACACAUAUGGGAAGUGCCGCCGCCUUGAAGUUGGACGAUGUGGUCUACGGACAAUACCGUGAAGCAGGAGUACUGAUGUAUCGCGGGUUCACACUGGACGAGUUCAUGAAUCAAUGCUACUCGAACGCUCUGGACUACGGCAAGGGACGGCAGAUGCCCGUUCACUACGGUAGCAAGAAGCUCAACUUCCAGACAAUCUCUUCCCCUCUGGGAACACAACUGCCACAAGCAGCUGGAUCUGCAUAUGCGCUCAAGCGCAGUGGAAAGGAUGCCUGUGUUAUUUGCUACUUUGGAGAAGGUGCGGCCUCCGAGGGAGACUUCCACGCUGCGUUGAACAUCGCGUCUACAACCGAGAGCCCUGCCCUGUUCUUCUGCCGCAACAACGGAUACGCAAUUUCGACGCCAGUAAGAGAUCAAUACCGUGGUGACGGAAUAGCGUCUCGAGGAACCGGAUAUGGAAUGGACACGGUCCGUGUGGACGGUAACGACGCACUGGCGGUCUAUAACGUGGUGAAGGAAGCAAGAAAGAGGGCAAUCACCGAGUCACGACCAGUUCUGAUCGAGGCCCUUACAUACCGUGUUGGACACCACAGUACAUCCGACGACUCGUCCGCCUACCGGCCCAAAUCGGAAGUCUCAGAAUGGAUCAAGCAGGACAGCCCCAUGUCGCGUUUCCGCAAAUACCUUGAGAAGAAGGACUGGUGGAGCCAGAAGGAGGAGGACUCCUUCAAGAAGGAUAUCCGCGCCAAGAUCCUGAAAUCGUUCGCUGCCGCUGAGAAGGUCAAGAAGCCGCCGGUCAAGUACCUGUUCACUGACGUCUAUGCUGGGGAGCAGCCUUGGAACUUGAAGGAGCAGGAACAGGAGUUGCAUCGGUUGAUGAAGGAGCACCCUCAGCACUACAGCACUGAAGGUUAUGAGAAAUGAGCCGUGGGAUGCCAUCGAUGUGCUUUCGUAUUUGCCGAAGCAUAGGACUUAUGCGGCGGGACUCACAACAUGUAGAUAGAUUCAUAGCGCAAUUCCAGCUAUAGAGCACUCGAUGUUAGGACAUGCCCAUUUCACUUGAUGUGGAGCACUCGGACAGCCACCAGUCCAAAAAGUCAAUAUUUUAUUCGUCAUAUACACCACUACGUCGAGAAGGCCAUCUCCAUGCGAGCUCAGUCUACUUAAAUACAUCUACGUCAACAGCGCCUUCCGUAUCCGUGCGAUGAACAGUCCACUCGU